AUGGAAGAGCCCGUCGACGUCUCCUAUUAUCUUGGCGGCGCAUCGGCCGACUCGCUCAAAACUCUCGACAUUGUUAUCGGAUCGGGUGAUAUUGUCUCCAUCGAUGAACUCCCAGAGGAUCCCCAGGAACUUAUUUCGUUUCUCCAGGCAGAAAAUUGUGGUGUCAAAUACUGGGUGCUGGUGGCACAGGCGUACUCGCAGGCUGGCAAGCUGUCGGAUGCGGCCAGUAUCGUGAAACUGGGGUUGGACUCCUCCAAUUUCGACGAUUCCGACAAGAACACCCUCCACUCUGUGUUGGGAUGGAUCUAUUUGAAACUGGUGGCUGCUGGUAUCGACAAGGAGCUCAACUUGGCCAACGCAACGGCUGAGUUUAACCAUGUGCCUGACUCUGACUCGGUCAACAGUCUCCUUGCCCGUGGAGUGUUGGCAUUGUAUAAGGACCAAACAGAACAGGCACUUCAGACAUUUGACAAGUUGUUGAAGCGGGAUUCGUCAAACUGUCUAGCCAUUUUGGCUAAGGCACAGAUCACGUUGAGCAAGACCCAGAACUACUCCCAUGCUUUGAAAUUGUAUCAGCAGGUGUUGGUGUUAAACCCCACCAUCAAGCCAGACCCUAGAAUUGGUAUUGGUAUUUGUUUCUGGUUUUUGAAGGACCGCUCUAUGGCCAUCAAUGCAUGGGAACGUGUUUUGGAGCUCGACCCAGAAAACUUCAAGGCUCGUUUGUUGUUGAACUUGGCAUCUUUUGACAGUGUGUUCACCAACUCGCUCUCUGAUGAUCUUUUCGUAGAGAACUUCAAAAAGUCCUUGGUGGACUUGACCAAACUUCAGACUGAGAACCCAGACGACUCGGUGGUAUUGUUGGCACUUGUUCCUUACUACUACUCAAAAGGGAACUACGAAUUGGUGGAGAAAAUUGUCACCAAAGUCGUCCUGGCCGUCACUGGUACUUUGGCAGUGGUCAAAUCGAACAAGAUUUCGCCCUUUGCAUCUAAGGUGCUCGCACAGGGCUCCUAUUGGCUCGGAAGAGUAGCCUACGCCAAAGAAGACUUCACUCAGUCGCAGAAAUACUUCCACGAAGCUAUCCGGUUGAACGAAAACAGUACACUUGCCAAACUUGGGUUGGGCCAGUCGCAAUUGGGCAGGGGUUCUGUGGAGGAAGCUACCAUUACGUUCGAGUCUAUAUUGAAGUCCAGCCCUAAAUGCUUAGAGGUCAACUACAUCUUGGGAAUGCUCUAUUCUCAGCAGUCGUCGAAGACCAAAAAGGAACAGGCUAUUCACAUGUUGGAAAGAUAUAUUCGUUUAUCUAGUAAUCGUGGAUUGGCUGUCGCAAACAGAAAGGAGGCUGAAGCUCUUCUAAAUAAGGAACCUGUUGCUCUUAAUGCCUUCUUGACCUUAAGUAAACUCUAUGAGUCCAAGGAUCUCUCGCAAUCGUUGGUUUACUUACAUAAGGCUAUUGAGUCUAGAACUCAGAUUGGUCAAGACGUUCCUUUGGAGGUCUACAACAACAUUGGUGUGUUUAAUUUCAAUAAGAGCAACGAGGCAUUAGCCCUGGAGAACUUUGAGACCGCACUCAAGAAAUUGGAUGAAGUCUCAAGCACAGAGUUGGCUAACGACUUAAAGGUCACCAUCACUUAUAAUUUGGCAAGAUCAACCGAGAACUCUGACCAGCCAAAGGCUAUCGAGACUUAUGAGUCAUUAUUAAAAGACUGUCCACACUAUUUCUCUGCCAAGCUCAGACUCUUGUUUUUGGAUGCCGUAUCCACUAACGCAACUCCUAAGGAGGAUAUCGAAAAGGAAAUCAAGGAACUUUUGUCACAAAACGCAUCGGACUUAGAGAUCCGUUCUUUCUACGGUUGGUUCAUCAAGACAUUUGGUAAGAAAAUCGGCUUGAAACCAGAUGCAGACACUACACACCAGAAGGAAACGUUGGUGGAGUACGACUCUCAUGACUGCUAUGCUUUGAUUUCCUUGGCAAACAUUUACUGUGUGAUGGCCAAGGAAUUGAAGGGAUCGAAGGAGGAAGAAAAGCGUAUGAAAUACUUUGUCAGAGCUAUUGAGUUGUUCACCAAGGUAUUGUCCAUUGACUCUAGCAACGUUUUCGCAGCUCAAGGUUUGGCCAUCGUUUACAUUGAAAACAAGGAUUACACCAAAGGUUUGGAUGUGUUGAGAAAGAUCAGAGAUUCGUUGAACGACAUUUCUGUCUACUUGAACUUGGGCCAUGUCUUGGUGGAGUUGAAGCAGUUUUCUAAAGCUAUUGAAAAUUAUGAGAUCGCUCUUGUUAGAUUUACUGAUGGUAACGACGCAAAAAUCAUCUCGUUCUUGGGUCGUGCUUGGUACUUAAGAGGGCUUGCUGAGAAGAACUUGUCUUAUCUCAAAAAGGCCCUCGAAUACUCUGAGGAGGCUUUGAGCAAGUCUAUUGGAAACAGAAGUUCGCUCAUUUUCAACGUGGCAUUCAUUCAAUUCCAGAUUGCUGACUUCAUUACUAAAUUACCUGUGGAACACAGAGUCGUCGAUGACAUCAACGAGGCCAUCAUCAACUUGAAUGAAGCCAUCAAGCAAUUGAACCUUUUAGCGUCGGAUGACGAGAAGCAUCCGCCAUAUCCAAAGUCGGAGUUGAAGUCCAGAGCCAACUUGGGUACGAGCACUUUGCUCAACAGAUUGACAUCUUGCUUGCAAGAAACAAAGGAAAACAUAUCUGAGUUGAACAAUAAGCUUGAAGAGGCCAAGAAAGUGAGAGAAGAAGAGGAAGCUAGAAAGUUGCAGGAGCGUGAAGCCAUCUUAGCCGAAAAGAAGGCAAAGGAAGAGGCUUUGGCCAAGGAGAGAGCUGCAUUGCAGGAGCAAGCCCAACAAUGGGCCGAAGAGGCAAGAGCUAAUCUUGUUGUCGAAGAGUCAGAUGACGAUAAGGCGUUUGAAGCAGAGAAUAAUGACAAAGAGAAGAAGAAAGGCAAGAAGCAAGCUGGCAAGAAGAAGGGUUCAAAGAAGAAAAAGAAGGACUUCAUUAAUGACAGUGGUGAUGACGAAGAGCCAGCACCAGAGUCGGAUGAAGAGCCUGAAGCACCUAAGUUGGGUUCCGACAGCGAGGAAGAACCUAAGGAGAAGAAAGUCAACCGCAGAAAGAGGAAAGCCAUUGCCGACGAUGACGACGAAGACGAUCAACCAGCUGAGGCAGUCCCAGCUAAAGAAAACGGCUCUAAGAAAAAGAAGUUUAAGUCGGAGGAGAUUGUCCAGGAGUCAGAUGAUGAUGAUGACGACCUCUUUUAG